AUGACAUUGCAGCGUGUCUUCAGUGUUCCUGAGAAGGUGACAGGAGGUGGUACAGUCCAAUACUGCUGGCAGCAGAAACUAGGAAAUUAUUUAGCUGUAGCUGGGUAAGAUAUAUUUAGGUAAUAUAGAUUUCAGGUGAAGGUACCUGUAAAUAUAUGUUAUUAACAAACAGACAUGUACCAUUCAUUACUGUCCAAAAAAUGCAGGACAAACAGAGUUGUGAUGAUCUAUGAUCGUCAUGGGGAACAGAAAGAUGAAAUCAACCUUCCAGGGUAAGUGGUUUUUGUUUAGUAUUUUAAGGAAGGUAAAGUGUAAUUACAUAGUCCAUGAUUAAUGACAUGUAAUUGUAUAACAUGGCAAAAGCUUAGAAGCAAGGGGAGAAAUGAAGUGUGGUGAGAGAGGGAGGGUGGGUGGUUUUACCCUAUACUCUUAAAAAGUACUUGGCAAAGGGGCAAAGCACAACUACCUCCGUGUACUGGGUGUCAAACUAUAAAUUUUUGGUAUGCAACCAAAGGGAUUUGAGAGAAAGAGGAAACAACUAAAAAAAUUAUAAUCUACCAGCUUAAGUUAAUGAAUGAGCUGGUCUUGUCUUGAAAAUGUUGCCCAGCUAGCAAAACAACAUGAAAAAUUGCAACAAAGCAAAGUGUGUACUUUGGGUACUCAUUAUGCAAUGGAUACUACUUGCUGUGUGUAGGCCAGAGUGGAGAAUAAUUUACCUGUUCCUGGAAUCAAUCAGAUCACAAGACUUGUAGAAUAAUGGUCACUCAUGCAUUUAGAAAAAAGUACUUUUUGUGAUGACAUGUACAUUUUUCUUUGAUUUAGACAAUGCACAGGAAUGGCAUGGGACAAAGAUGGUGACACCUUGGCAAUCAUACAGGAUAAAAAUGGUAAUAACACAGUCAUAAUUUUCAAAUUAGCAGUUGUAUCCUCUAAAUAAAAUUCCCGUAAGUUUCCAGGUUGCUGAACAAGAUUGAAAAUGGGUGGUGUUGGUAGGCAAAUUGUAACCCUUUGAAAUUUUUAAAAUCUGCCAGCAAGCAUCAUAAGUUUAAUUUAUAAACUUUUUGAUUUGGAUUUAGGCUUUGGGAACAUUUACUUCUCCUUAAAAUAAACUAAAGCUGCUCCAUACAUUAUACCAGCAAGUACAUGUAAAAUAUAACAAUUAUUCCAUGAGCGCUCAUUGAAUAUAUGAGAUAACAAAUAGCCAAUGAGGUGUGCAGAGCUAAGUUGCUUAUAAACAAUCUUGUUUCCAACAAGCGUGAAUGGAAUGACUGGUUUCACUAGUUAAAAUCUUGAAUGGUUGGAUAUUUGGAACCUUUUUUUAACUUGGCAACAUAUGGUGCAAUUCAUUUUCAUAUAAGAUGACUUGGAAUUUGAGCUGAUAACCAGAGUUAGUGAACCAAUCAGAACACUAGAAUGCAAUAUUUGGAGCUGAAUAAAAAAUAAUUGUCUAUCCUCCUUUGCUUCAGGUAUUGUUUACCUGUGGGAUGCUAAUUCCCACAAGACCAUCCAACUGGAAAGUGGUUUGAGGUACAUUUAUCUAAUUUUUAAUUCAUGUCUGGUUGUUCCACAGUCAUUCUGAUCAAUAUUUGUUUACAACAAACCUCCUGAUUGACACUGACAGGGACAUGUAUAUACAAAGUCAUCUAACCAUGUUUUGUCACCCAUGGACUUAGUCUGCAAAAAGGGUUUUUAAAAGAUCCUUAAAAAAAUAACAAGCCCCAUCAGCAAACAGAUUAAGCAAAACCUUAACCUGGAGGUUUGCUCAGCUUAAUUAAAGAAAUACUCUCCCAAUACAUGUGUGCACACAACCUGUAGUUUUUGUUGGCAGCUUCCUUAAGCAUAGACUCAAUUUUUUGGUAUACUGCCUGCACAUUUUGAGAUUGUGUAUUGAUUCCAGGCUGACUGUUUUUCAUUAAUAUAGGGAAGGUCUGGCAUUUUUAUUAUGGUCAAGAGUUGGACCACAACUUGCAAUAGGUGAGAAAUGAUAUUCAUUUAAGCAGACAUUGGGGAAGAGCAGUUACAUUUAGUAUUAAGCAUCAAGUUUCCUGUCAUUCUUAAAACUAAGUGUAAUCCAAAUGAGCCACAUCUAUAGCUCAUUAAGUGCACCUUGGAAUGUGAGCAAAUGAUUGAAGUCAAUGGCUGCCAGCUCCUAGGCAACUCUGUAUACAGGUGUAACCCUUAAAUUUCCAAGAUAUGAUUGUGAAUUCUCCCCUCUAGCUGCUACACAUUUCCUUGCAAAUCAGUUAUGAGAAUUAAGUUAAAUCAAGACAACAACUUCUACCUGAUAAGUUGGAGUUUAAAAGGUUAACAGAAAACACCUGACCUACAUGUACAUAGAUGAGGAAACAACAGAAGAAUGAUUUUAUGUACUACAUGUUGUAUGUAUGUGUCUAGGUUCACACACAUGUACAUAUACUGUUCAAGUGUUAAUUAGAUCUUUGUUUACUUCUCAGGUACAUCCAAAGGCAAUUUAUUGAUGUACAACCAUCAGACAUCAAGGUAAUCUAAUUUUUGCUUAGAAGUAUUCUUUAAAAGAAUUUAGAACUUUAUGUUUGAAAAUUUAGUGUAGGUAAUGUUCACAGUUGCAUUAGUAAUUGAGUUAUGAAAAGGAAGAAAUCAAGGAAGAUUUCAUGGAGAAAAUCCCCUUUUUGGUCUCUGAUGCUGUUGUGAUUUUUUUACAAUGCUUGUGACAAUGUCUUGUCAGAGUAAUACUGGUUUAUGAGACAGCAAGUUGAAUUUCCAUGUUCUGGUCUGUAAUAUUCAUGGCUGUAAUUUGAAAAUCAUGAUGUUUAUCUUCAAGGUGACAUUUAUUUUGUUUUUUCAGGAAAGUGCCAAUUCUUGGAAAACAUACCAAGAAAAUAGUGUGUGGAGCAUGGAACUCUGAGGUAUGACACUGUUAUCCUAAAAGGGUGAAUUAUUAUAACUAAACAUAAUAUAUCUAAUAAUAGCUAUUGGUUCUACAGUUUUCAUAUUUUUUACCUAGUUCUUUUGACAACUACAUGUACUGGUUGUAAGCUUCAGUACAUUGUGGGAGAGGGGAGCAGGGAUGGCAAGGUAGGGAGGGUGCUCACCUCCCACCAUUGUGGUCAGGGUUCAACUCAGCGACCAUUGUCACAUGUAUGUUGAGUUUGUCAUCUGUUCUCAUUCUUGCCCUGAGGGAUUUUCCUGGGUUCUGUGUUUUCCUCCCACAGCGAAAACCAAGAUUACAAAUUCCAAUUCCACCUGGGAUACAGUAGCCAAGAAAAGCCACUUUGUGAAAUUCCCACUUAUCUAUUUAUUUAUCUUUUUUAUUUGUAAGCUUUAAGUUCAUGUUAUAAAUCAGUAUAAGGUAAUUUUUUCAGUGUUUGUGUAAAAAGAAAUUCUUGUAUCCAUUUUCAACCAUAAAUAGUAAUUCAUGUAACUCAUCAAAUUAUAGAUAGCAAUUUACUUUUGUUGAAUAAUUGAUUGUCCAAGAAUAUUUGCUGAUCUUGAAGAAAACAACAGUUUUAUUACAAAUACAUUAGGUUAUAGUAAAUUAAAAGCAACUGCAUUUCCCUUCAUUUUCUUCUUUACCAACAAAAUUUUCUGUGAUGGUGCUUCACAGUUAUUGAUCAAAUGACCGUCAUGAUAUUAGGGGUGAUUAUAGGGAGAUAUUAAAUAAUAAUGAACCAAUCAACCAGUCAACUGAUGUAUUUUUAUAAUCACCACAACAAUUUAAAUACUGAUUUGUAAUCAGUGUACAGUGUACAUCAUCACCAUCAUCAUCUUAAUUACAUUUGUGAGAGUGUUUUAAGUGUAUUGUUCCCAUUGUUUUUCUCUCUAUAUCAGAAUUUACUAGCUCUUGGUGGAGAGGACAAGUGCAUCACUGUCAGUAAUGUUGAUGGAGAUACAAUUAGACAGGUAAUAACACUGAUAAAAAGUAGUAUCCCUCUUAUUUAUACUCCUAUGUAGACUCUGACUUUGGAACCAAGUCUUCUUAAUCCAAACUUGUCACUGUGUAUUGUGUGAGUCUGCAUGUAGUUGAUCGACAGUUGAUAUGAGGAAUAAAAAAGUAUAAUAGAAUUACUUAAUAUCUUACUGGGACAGGGCUGUACUGAGACUAUUGCACCUUAGGUACCACAGGAGACUAACUUUUAAUUUGUGAGUAACUUGUACAAUUCUGCUUUUAGUAAAAUAUUUGAAUUGCAGGGUACCAAAAUUUCUGAGGCAAGAGCCUUCACUCACCAGUUAUUCCUCUGAGAGCACAGUUUACAGGAAGUUUUUCAGUUCUAUUAAUUCUAAUCAUUAAUUUUUGUCCCUUUCUAAGGAAAGGUCUACACUUACAGAGUGUAUAUCAUAAUCUUUAAACAAAACUGCUUGAUUUGUGAAAGAAGAAAACUACUACCUGUACAAAUUGUUCAAAUUGACUUUUGAUUAGAAAAUAUUACACAUGAUUAGGUUGUUGAUUGAUAACCAUGCAUUUACAUGGGUAUGUGCUUUGAUUUGUAUUGUACAGGCUACUAUUAGAGCAGAUCCUACAGAAAUUCAGUUUAGUGAGAUGAAGACUGAUGAACGUAGCUCCAUUGGUGAAACAACGGUAAGUUCUUUUCUGAGAAAAUGCUAAUAUAAUAAUUAAUGUUAGAUAAAUAAAGUAAAUCCUAAGUUGUUUUCAUUUCUCAGUAAAAAAGAGAGGGAAUAAUUUUUGUUUAUUUUAUUUUCGUUGUGUAUUCAUGUAAUGAAGAUUCUCACUCUUUCAUUGCUUUCUACAUUGUGUCUUAUUCAUUGAUCAAGUAUCUAAUGAGCUGGUACAAUCAUGUUACUUGAUUACAGUACUUUUAUAAUAUUCAGUAGUCUUACAGUAAUAUCACUAACACUGGUAGAAGUACUUUUAGUAUAGAGAAAGAUGUUGUCAUGAGGGUAGGGCAAAGAAAAAAAAUUCUGAUUCCCCAUGAGGAAAAACUUACCAUCUUUCUUAUUAUAUUUACAAAGAUGAUGCUAUUGACAUUGCUUAUGCCAGCAGUAUGCAGGAUGUGUGUCAUAUGAACUUUGUAAUAGACCUCGUCACCACAGAGUCUCUGUGGCUCAGUGGUAGAGCAUUGGAUUGCGGAAUCCGAUGGUCUGAAGUUUGAUUCCUCAUGGGGACUCAGAAUUUUUUCUUUGCCCCAUAUUCUUGACAAGAGGAAAAACAUCUUUCUCCAUUUCUUUGCCGAGCUCAAAACUUACCCUCUCUUUUAUUCUAUUUACUCUUAGUAUGCUCUCAAUACACUACAUUAUUAAUAACAUCUGCUUGUGGACAAUCAACUAAUUUUUAAUAGCAGGACAGUUACCAGUCGUGGUACUAAAAAAGUUAGUUAAAAACCAAGCACUUUGAAAUUGGAAUUUCAUACUGAAAUUACACACUUACAUGUAGUCCCGUUUAGAGACUGUGAUCAGUUGUCUAUAAAAAUGGGGGGAGGGGAGGGAGCCUCUUAUUUAACAAUUAGGCUAGCAGCCAACAAUUUUUUGGUAGACUUUGUUUAAUAUCCAAAUAAUGUUACCAGUCAUAUACAGUACCUUUCAAGAGUUGGCAAUCCCUAGAAACUUGAUCCUAGAUCAUUGACUCUUGAUCCUUGAUUCUGGAAAACUUUGAGGAUCAAGGCUUUAUUCAAGUUUGAUAAGUAGGAGACUAUUUGAGAAAUUAUUGAGUAGAAAUUUGAGAUAAGAAGACUUUGACCCCUUUCUUUUCACACAGCAGAUUUUGCCUUGUUCAAUGGGGUAUAAAUUAAAAGUUAACAAGUUAAUAACUAAAGAUAACAUAAGUUACUGUAGCUGCUGUGUUACAAUGCAUUGGUGGAGUUGCAACAUGAUAUCAAUCUCUUGACUAAUCUUGUACUGUACGGUUGUUUCACUCACAAUUCAUGAUUUGUCCUUUUUUCCCACUUAGGUCAGCAUUAUAGUUGGAAGGAAAACUUUGUAUUUAUACAACUUGAAUGAUCCUGAUAACCCCAUUGAAUUGGCUUUUCAGGUAACCCUUAUUUUACCAAUAAAAUUAAAAUAUUACAUUGUAUCAAGGAGUGUGUUUUGUUUUUUAAUAGAUUAACCAAGUGUAAGUUAUUGAAUAAAAUUAAUAUCACACUUGAUUUAUGAAAGAAAAGUUAAUUGCAUGGAUUGCCCAAAUUAUAACAGUGUAAAUUGUAUGUACAAAUUACAGGCUUGUAUUGUAAAUAUUAGCCCAUGCAGAAAGCAACAAAUGUUAUAAAUGAGAACUUUUUAUUGAGCUACAUGUAUACCUACUGAACAUGUAUUACAGGUUACAGUGGAAGGUUUAGAUGCACAUGCAUCUGCAGUAUGUUGAGUUAAGAUUAGCUUCUGUACAAUACAAUUGUAAUACCUUUUCACCUUUUUCAACAGCAAAGAUAUGGAAACAUAGUAGCCUACAAGUGGUAAGUGCAAUUUUAAAUUUGAUAAUUUUAAAUUUGCAUAGGCACUCUGUGGUAUCAGUUAUUCUAUAGUGGGGGUUUCAACUGGUAUUAAAGAUUUUCUCCUGUGAGUACACAGUACAGUUUUUCAGUUUAUUUUUUUAAGCUAGUACAUAAUAAGUAUCUAAUUUAUAUUUGACUUAAUAUAUAUUUAAUGGUCUAUGAUGCAAAUCUUACUUUUACAUAAAUCCAGAGCUUCAAGAUGUCUGUGUGAUUUUCCUUUUUCUGCUAAAAAGGUUUCUCAGUCUUGCCAAAUAAAAGAAAUCUAUUGUAUGUUUUAAAGCAUAGAUAGAUGCACCAUCACUUUUUAUAAUUUGCAAGUGCUCCCCUUAACAAUUCAGCGCUACAAGUUGUGACUGUUUUGGUUGCCAUGGCAAGUGAAGAAUAUAUCUGGCGAUUAAUAUUUCGACACAAGUUGCCAAUUGGCGGCUCAAAAAACCGUUCCAUUAAACUUCCAUAUAAGCAUAAACCUAAAAUGAACAGAGAUCAAGUCAAUUGAUUUCAUUGAGAUAAACUUCAUUUUGUAUUUUCCAAUAUUGCAUGUAGCAUUUAACCAUAACUGUUAACUUUGCAUUAAGAGUUAUGGUGAAUAAAUGUCAAGGCAACCAUAGUUUUUUAUAUGGCAACCGUUUUACAAUUGAAAAAUUGAACUUGGAGCCGGCAUGUACAUGUAAUAGUAUAUAUGGUAAUUGUGGUUAUCAUCGUGGUUAUCAUCAUCAUUAUCAUCAUCUUGGCCAACAUCAAUUUCAUCUUCAUUUUUAUUUCUUCACAGGUUUGGUGAUGGCUACAUAAUGUUGGGUUUCUCCAAUGGCUAUUUUGUUGUGAUCUCUACUCAUAUGAAGGAGAUAGGACAGGUACUGGAAAACUGUUGGAUCAACUGUAACAAUGGAUAUUAACUCACAUCUGUAAUUGGCAACAUUAGUGUGACUAGUCUUCAGAAAAAUAAAUAUUUUUUGUACUUGGUACUGUAAAUGAUUAAAUUUUUUCGAUGUUGACCUCAAGCCAAACAAAUCUUUACAAGAGGACUUUCAACCAACAUAAGGACCAGCUACCAGUUGGCUGUCAACUCAGUUGGUAGAGCAUAGAGCACCGGUAACGCACAGGUCAUGGGUUCAAAUCCCAUACAGGCCUGAGUUUUUUUUACAGGCCUUAUUUUCACUCCUGCUUAAAUAAGCAGUGUUCAUCACUGCAAAGAUUGCUUUCGUAUUCAGAAUUUUCACUACAUGUCGAACUUGUAAUUGUGUUACUGAGUGCCAUAUUUAGCCUUUAUUUGCCUGGAAACUACAUUGUACAGCUCACCAAGAUCAAGAUUCUCCAUCUUGUCUCAAUAAUGAAAGUUGUAUUUGGAAGUCUGUUUUGUAUUCUUUUCUAUUUUUGUAUAGGAUGCUAGUUGUCUAUCUCAUAGGAUACCCCAAGUAUUUCCUUUCCAUUGGAGGGUUACUUUGAAGUUGCCUGCGUUACUAGCGGUCUGCUGUUUUGGGGGCGGAGAGAACCGCAGACUGCCAGCAACGCAGGCUAGCUUUGAAGUUAACAGAGGCCCCGUGAGAGUAACUUAUUUCCCAAAACUUAACGCACUGACUUUUCUGUAACGCUACCUUGGACAUCUCCAUCCAGAGUCCAAUACAAUAAACAUUGGUUCAGCGCGUCUCCUAUCCUAGUAGUGGUAAGAGUUUUAAUGAGCAAUUUUGUUGCCUUCUGCUGACAGGAAUUGUAUCAAACAAGGGAUCAUAAGGAUGAGCUGACAGGCAUUGCCAUGUCUCUUGAACUUAACAAAGCAGCCUCAUGCGGCGACAACUGGUAUGGCCAGCUUUAAUUUAUAUAUGUGACAUUUAUGAUAAUUAUUAAUUUAAACAGACUUAAUUACCUUCAGUUAGAAAUGUACAAAAUAUUCUCGUGUUCUUCCAAAUUGUGGGUUCUUUUAGGGGUAAAUAAUCAGAGGAUAGAGUUUAUUGGUGUACUAUGGUAGAAAAAAUGUUAUACUGUAGACAGCUUCAACCAGCAAAGAUCAGGAAAAUUUUAUGAAAUACCUGAACUAGUUGAUAAUGUUACAAUAUGACAUGUUUUAUUUUUAUUUCACCAGUAUUUAAAUACAGCACAGUAACAAUUUAACAUGAUUUUCCUUUAUUUCAGUGUAAAGAUUCAUGACUUGGCAGAGAUGAAGGAGAUCUAUGCUAUAAUUACCAUAGAGGAUGCGGGAGGUAUUGUUAAAUGGUGUUUUUAGUUAGUGACCAGUAAGGAGAAAUAAUAUUUUUGUAUUGUAUUCUGUCAGUUCUCAACUCUUCGAAAUUCAACAAUAAAUUUUCUCCUAAAAGUACAUGUACAACUUAUGUGGGUAAGGACAUGUAAUGAGUGCAUCUCAGAUUUUCUCAAAGCAAAUUUUUGGUUUUAUAAUGAAAUCAAACGAUUUGAAGCCCAGAAUAAGUUGAAAUGUAAACCUUCAGAUUAUUUUGAUGAAAAUUGAAAUUCCGUCUAUAUACAGUGCAUAUGAAAAAUAUGCUCCUAUACACCCGUUUAGUCGGUUUCCGUGGAAACAAUUUUGGUCUUGUUUAUUUUAAGUUUGACAAUUUGUGACGGAAACAAACUUCAUAUAAAUGAAUUAGAUAUACAGCGUGUUGUUGAGUACACGUUCAAACAGGAAGAGACAAUUGGAGAGCUCGAGGUCCAGUUACAUUUAGUAGGUGUAUAUUUGGCUGAAUGAGUGGAUUUUUGAGGCGUACGGACAUGUGAGAACAACUUGAACUGUGGCCACCACUGAUAAUUGCAGAUGAUAACAAUUUUUUUUGUUCGCUCCCCCUCAUGUCCUUAUUCCUGACCAUUUUGUAAAAACCUCUUGCAUUAGACCUCACCAAAAUAUGUACCACAUACCAAUGCACAUUUGGCAUGUGUUUUUUACCAAACGUUUUGCAGUAUCUCUUCGUAUAAUCUCUUGACACGUAUCUUUCGUCAUGCAAGUAAUGUUUGGAGAGCUUUGGGAGUAUACAUUUCUAUACUAUCUAUAAGGCCUGCAAUCCGCUGCUUGUUGAGAAUUUUACAAACGAUAAAAAGUUUGUCUUAUAAUUAACACGAGAAAGGAAGGAUCUCUUCUACAUGGAGAUUUUGGUGACGAAUGAAUAAAAAUUGCCAAUGAUUCUUUAUUAGCAAUGUAGUAGACAUGGUUUGAUCUAUUUCCGAUCUAUUUAAGACACGUUUAACCACUACUCAGUGGGUUACUGUCUUACUAAAUCCUCUAGGUACUCCAAGCUGGACCACUUCUAAGUACUGAGUUACAUGUAGCUCUAAACACUAUAUUUAAUCUUUGUGUGUUAGGACACCUGGACAAAAUCUCCUGGACAGAAGAUGGACAACUGCUGGCUGUUAGCACUCAGUCAGGUAUAAUUACUAACAAUCUCUAAAUGUGUAACGACUCGUACAAAGUCUACAUUUUAAUUCGAUUCAAUCUCGAUUAUUACCCAGGUGCAAUAUAUGUUUAUCUUACAAAGUUACCUGUCCUUGGUUGUGCCAGCGGAACACGAUUGUCAUAUCUAACAUCCCUCAAAGAGGUAAUGGUAGUAUUUGAUUUGAUUAUUUGAUGGAAGAAUCCAGACUACAAAUGACUAUAUGCUUCGUCGGGUGAUUGUUUUUACUUUGAGAUAUUCUCACAUAGAAAAUCUUAAACGAUUUAAGUACCGAGUAGUCUCUCUGUACAGCUUGCGCUCACAUAUAUUGCGAAUUAAGCUUCGCCUUAGUGGCAAUCGUCAAACGUUGGGCAUGCGCGAAGGAAUCACUUCUGGCCACUCGCGCGCCAAUUUCCCGCGCAAAAUUGUAAGAGAAAACAUAAGAAACAAGUGCUGUCUCGCGAAAAAAAAGCGAAGGAAAAUUGGAAUGUUCUCAGAAAUCUGUGAAAGGAAACAAAGGUAAGGAAAGAGGAGGAAAACACGAGCUUUUUCGAACUCAAAGCUUCUUCUAGUACGGAUAUCCUGUUGAUUUACCAUUCUGUUUUAAGCCUCAACAAAAAAGCUAUACGCUUCUAAAACUCAGUGAUACGUAGAAUCGUGUUGUUGUUUGUAACUCGUGUGAGGCAAUUCCGUUCUGGCAGAUUUUAAGUACGGCACCUAGUCAUUACCAUGUUACUACAUGCGCAGACAUUUGACCGCUGUGUUUCGCCGUUCAGUUCUAUAAGUUCCUGCUAGAACACUACCAUUAUAUGCAGUUUGAUCUUUCAGUCAGUUUAAACCAUUGAAAUGGCAUGAAAUGUCUUCUUAUAAGCGAAAUUAAUCAGGAUUGCUUAAAGACUCGUAUAGAAUAACGUUUUAUCGGGAAGAAGUUCAUGGAACAGUUGUGUUUAACAGAAACAUAUACGUAACGGUUUUAUGAUUAUUGAUCUGUUUUCCUGAUGUUUUCAGGUGACGAUUGUGGACAAUGUGAUGCAGGUAAUUGAUUUGAAUCUUAGUGAUCGAAAUACAGACCCCUUAAUUCUGGCAAAUUAUAACGGUGUAGAAGACACAGUGGAUCAGUGGCUAAUACGUUGAACUGCAAGUCGUGAAGUCUGGGUUCGAGUCGUGGUCUAGGUCUCUGCUUUGGGUUUUUAUACAAAGUUACUUACUUUCACUGUGCCCGUCUCCACCCAGGUUGGAAGUAUGAUUGGGUGCGGCGAACUGUCACGGAAACUUGAGGAAAUAAGGGAGGAAUGGGACGAGCGCGGAUAACACUGGGAAGAAAUUGCAUCUUGUCCAGGGAAUGAUAGCAAUACUCCCAGUCGAGAACCUCAUCCCAGUUUCACUUGCAAUGAGGUUCGAUAGUAUGGGCUGUCUCGCUCCUAAGCUACUUUUAACCCCAGGCAAUUCACUUUCUGGCUCUCUGAGGUAGCGAUUGUUGAUUCUCAAGCUUUUUCUAGGAGAAUGCAUGUGACAAGAUGAAAUAAUAGUGAUAACAGACGUGUAUUUUGUUCUACAAUGUUUUCCACAGGAGCGACCUCUGAGUGUGGAUAUCAUCGUAGAGCCAAACUUUGUGGCGCUGGGGCCAUAUCAUCUGGCCGUAGGAAUGAAUAAUCGUGCUUGGUUUUAUGCUUUAGCUGACAAAGGUAAGCUGUUACUGUAAAGCAAACCAGCUUCGCUGCUUACUUAGCCUCAUAGAACUACAUAUUUUGAAAUGAAAUCGCCUACUCGUUGCAAGAUUUCUCGUAUUACAGUAUUUUCGCAUUAGAAAGGUUUUCAAAAUCGCCGUACAGUGCACUUUCUCCUAAAACUGAAAAGGAGCUAAACUGAAUCGGCAGAAAAUAAGUUGUAGUAAUUUUUAUUUAAGGGUAAGUCGCUCUGUUUUAUUCAAUGCUGAAUAAUUCAGUCUGAAAACAAUAGUAUAAUGCUGCUGCAGUAAAUGUAUAUCAAGAGAACCACUCAAUGUGAAGAACUAGUUACAGCGAGAGGUAGAACAUAAGCCUAGCUAACAUUAGAUUGCGUUUAUGAGAAAACGUGGAUUUAAUUCUAAGGUGUAAGUUACAAAAUCCACUGUCUUCUUAAAUGUAACAGCCCUAAUUUCAUAUUUUGGGAAAAGUUGGUGCUUGCCUUGUUUGGACAGAACUUGUAUACCGAAAGUUGUUUUAUCGUUUUGUCGAUAUUUCACGAGCUUGGGAAAAAAAAAAAUUAAGUCCUUACCCAGAAUCGAACCUCAGACCUUCGGAUUCUGCGCUCUGAAGCUCCACCACUCAACCAAUGAGACUCUAUGGUAAACAGUGCCCCUGCUGGGUUCAUGUACUGCUUGGAUCGCCUUGUGUUCGGUAGAAAUAUAUGAAAAAUAUUUCGUUGUUCAACAUUAAUUACAAACUUGUGUAUCAACAGGUCCUGAGCAAUUGAAGGAUCGAGAGUAUCUCGGUACAGUCAAUGCCAUUCAUCUGAACGCUGAUUAUGCUGCUGUUCUUUUUGAAGGGAAAGUUCAGCUUCAUUUGGUAAGAAAGACAAGCUUACAUAAAAGCUAUCGUUAGAAAAAGUAAAAUAUAGCAAUCGAUUGUCACAAUUAAUUCGAGAUUUUUCUUUUAUCAGCUUCUUAAGAAACUGUUGAGCUGUGGUGGGGAGAGGGGGUGGGGGCAAGUGCAACAGAAUUGUAUUUACGACAGCUAAACUACAGUAAGGAAUUUUCAAAACCUUUGCUCUGCACUCUUUGAUUGGUUCAGGGUCUCGCGCCUCUCUUUCAACCAAUUAGAUGUCACAUUUAAGUUUUUGUCAAGAGGACUCUUCCGCUGUAGGUUCUCUUUAGCUCCUUUCGAAAUAUACUUUGUCUGAUUUACCGUUGUAAUUGCAUUGACUUUGAUUACUGCAAUUUUCAAUUUAAGGGAUUUCUUUUCAACAAGUAGUUCAGUUUUGCUUUUAUGUUUGCCUCGACGAACUCGCUCAUGUAUUCGUACGACGAAGGCAAGCGUAUCCCACAGUGCUGUUAGACUUUCAAGCCUUUUUCGGGAAGACCGUUGGUACCUUGCCUAAUUGGCAUUAGCAGCUUAAUGAAGAUUAUAACGUGAAAAAUAGUGUUAAUUUUGAACGUCUUCAAGAAGUGGGAUGCAGUUGACAUAAAAAGACUGUCUAUUUCUUGCAAGCCUUUUGUUUACUGUGAGCAAAUAAAGAGUGGUUUCAGUAACUGUAAGAGUGGUUCAGGUUCCUCAGUUAAGCGCUUCACAGGAAAUCCAAUUGAAACGUUAAUAGCGGAGCUCGCAGAGCGUAGCCCCAUGAUUAUACAAAAUACAUCAAGCCGAAAAAAUUUGGAUGUACGACCGUACGACCGUACAAGGUGCAACUUUUAACAUGCGUGGUCAACUGUACCGCGGGUACGCCAACGCCACGGCUAUGUCCAGUAGUCCAGUGGUCAGUGCUCUGGGCUCCGAGUCGGACGACUCGGGUUCUAGUCCUGGCCGGGGCAAGGCGUUGUGCCCUUGAGACGUGCGGGAAAAAAAUGCGAGCUCCGCUUUUAGGCUUGGCUAAAUCUAUAUAUUUAUUACAUAUAUGCUAUCGCAGAUUGAAGGAGAAGCUUUGGAUACAACAGAUGACCGAGAGACCAGACUGUUCCCGGAUAAAGGCAAUCAAGGACGGAUCACUAGCUGUGCUUUGACUUCUGACUUUCUAAUCUAUGGCACGGAUGUAAGUGGAAGUUUUUUCGUCAAAAUCUGUUUGAAUUUCAAAGAUGAAAGCGCGAACUGUAUUUGUGGGCAAGUGUAUGUCCAAGGUUUAUUGUAAUAUGGCGCGUGCGCAAGUCCUACUUAAUUCCUUAGGAGCUACCACUGGUAAAAAUCCUCAAGUACGCACGGCCGUGCAUCUAUACCACGAUGUGUAAAAGUUCCCGUUAAGUUCAGCCGCGUGGUUUCAAAACUUUCAUAAUUGUUUUUCUGUUCUAUCCUGAUUGAGAUAGCCCUUUUGGAGCAAAAAAGGAAGAAAAAUUACGCUUAAUGAUACUCGUUUCGAAAAGCAGUUGGAGUUGACAAUACUUCAUUCCCAAACGCCAUGCGAACUAUGGCUGAAAACAAUUCCUGUUUUCAACUGAGGCUUUGCGACGUUGGGGACUCUUUAUUAGAACCGUAAAUACUAUUUUGAAGUGUUGAUAUGCCCCAAAAGUGUCAUUCAAUUUCAACUCAAAGUUACGCAAUUUUCUGAUUGUAAAUUCUAGAAGACAACAAUUGAAGAUAAAUCUAUCGAAAUCUACCACACGGGUCUCUUAAAUACAAGAAAUUUGUAAAUUUUCGCUUCGAUAUUCAAAUCGUUGAUAUAAUUUUUAGAGUUGAUAUUUCCUAAAAGUAUUGUUGAAUGGAAGAUUUUUAUUUUAAAGCCGUACAAUUUCAGAAUUUUUAACACAGAUCUACAAAAUUUUAUGGCCACUAAUUCUAGUAAACAACUAUCCAAGCACACUGAAUCCACUACGCAGAAAUUCGUUCGUUUUUCGCUUCUGAGCAGAAAAUUCACACUUCUUUAUUUGGUCUCGAAAUAUUUCUUGGUCAUUUUUGCCCUGUCAUUUAUUUAUAGUUUUCGGGUAGAACACGGUUAUCUGGGAUAUCCGACACAGUUGUGAUUAUUUCUUUGUUCGAGCAUAACUUGCGUCUGCAUGCUAUGUUAUAAAAAGAAUUGGUUCAUUCUUUAGCUGUGCCUUUAUUGAGUUUUGGACGUACUAGGGAAGUUUAAAGAGCACUCAAGAAGCUAGAGUUGCUCUCGGCUCCGCCUCGAGGAACUCUUACGCUUCUCUCGGCUCCGCCUCGAGGAACUCUUACGCUUCUCUCGGCUCCGCCUCGAGGAACUCUUACGCUUCUCUCGGCACCGCCUCGAGGAACUCUUACGCUUCUCUCGUGCUCUUCAAACUUUUCGCGUUACAUCUAUCACUCGAUAUACGUACGCUAAGCAUGGACGAAAUCUAUGUAGACCCACUGUUUAGUCUUCUUUAUGGAAAGACCCACACAGCUUAAUUCUUCCGGCCUUUUUAUCUGUUUUAUGUAUCCAUAAUUCUAAAGCGGAUUUUUUUGUGGCAUUUUAGAAUGGAAGCCUGUUUUAUUUCUUCAUCGAAGAUUGGCAGUUUGUCAAUGAAUUCAGACAUGUAGUAGGUGAGUGGUAAGUUUAGACUUAGAAACUGAAAAUUUUCUGCCUCGUUAGCCUACUAUUAGGAUUUAUUUUGAUCGUUGAACAUUUCUUAAUGCGACUUUGUGGUAUCUUUUUUAAAUGAAGUAGUUAUAUAUGUAUUUAGGUGUAGUUGUCUGUGGCAGGAAGACAUAUAUUGGUAGUGAGACAGACAGAAAGACAUAGUCAGUUAGACAAAUAUAUAGUCAAACAGACAGACUAACAGGCCAACAGACAAACAGACCGAAAGACAUAUAGACAGAUAAGCAGCCAAACAGAUAGACAGACAAACAGACAGACUAACUGAUGGAAAAACAGCAAGAAGUCAGUUGGGUAGACAGAUAGACAGACGAUCACACAGACUGAUUGACAGUCUGACUGACUUAUAGGCAGAUUGACCGAAACGGUCUGAAAGUUGAACUAUCCGAAUGGCACAGAACCUGAUGAAAUGAAAUAGAAGCAGGUGGAUCAAUAUUUAUGCAAUCAAGAACGCCUCCUAUCGGUUUAGCCGAUUAAUACGCACGACAAGAAAAGUUUGUUAGUCACGAAACUGAGGUGAAUGAUUUUAAGUCUUGCCAAUAGGCAAUAAUAUCACCAAUAGUAAAUAGUUUGGUAAACAGAUCCAAGUUUAAAAGUUACAUUAGCCAUGAAAUCAUCAAUUUCCUUUGUAACACCAUUAUUUGGGUACUGUUCAUUCAAAGGCAUUAAAAGGAUCUUCCCAGAUGUUAGUGGGACUCAUCUGGUGUUCAUCGAUGAAAAGAGUGAUGGAUUUGUUUACAAUCCUGUGAGUAUUCAGUCACAUGUGUCAUUUAUCCUAAUUGCAAGUUUUCCUUUACAUGACUAAAAACUGACCUACCAGGUUUUGGUGUCACCCCAAGCAGAUAACAUGACUACUCCGGAAGUUUUCCGUGACCAGCAAAGUUGACAUGUAUUUUUCUCCAAGUAUAUGACAAUGUAUGUGUGUAUGACUUGUUUCAGAAAGUUUACUUGGGUGGAAGCGGCUUAGCUUCAAUACAUCGAAAAUUUUAAAUUAUGAUGUGUUGUACCCUAUUCACACAGGCAAAACAUGUUUUUUUAAAGUGGUUUUUACUGAGUGAAAAUUAUAAACAGAGAACCGAAAAGCUUCAUUUUCCAUGGGAUUCAAGCGCGUACUAACUUGCAUUCCCAAUGUGCUGCAUUUAAGUUAAAAAAUAUUAGGCGAAUUAGUUUCUACGAAAAAAAAAAUGUGUUGAACAAAAAAAUAUUAAAACAUGUUUAAGCUUGAUUGUGAAUUGGGUAUUAGAUAGAAACCCAUUUCACAUGAAAUAGCUUCCAUUUUCUUUAAUUGUAAUAUUUAUGUUACAGCUGUUAACAUCUACCUCAGAUCUCAGGUUCUGGCUUCCCAGAAAACUGGAUCGACACAACUUGGCUUAGGCAACGAGAUUGCUCAUUGACCGUCAAUAAACUCGGUACAAACAACUUAAUAAAAUUUAGGACGCAAAGGAUGAGGUAUGGGGGGAGAGAGAAAAGAUUAAUUCAAGCACGCAGCUUGCCGCCACCCAAAGAUCGUGUUCCGCUUUCUCCUUGCUUUGCGUACACGAUUUUAAUUUUCCUCUCUCUUCUUUGGAAGCCGCCUACCGUAGUAGUGCGAGCUACUUUUAGUUGAAUUCUCUCAACUUCCUAAAUUGUUUGCUUUUCGUUAUGGAAAGGGUAAAAAGUGUUGUUGUCAUUGUCUUGCAGGUCAAUGAUGCCACUUUCGAGAUUCCCAACUUUUCCCCGAAUAUAAGAGGCAUUGUUUGGGAAAAUUGGCCUCUAGACAAGGUAAAUUUAUUCAUAGCUAUCUACAACAAGCUGGGAAAUGUGUCCAGUGCUCUCCUUUUGCAAUGUCAUGAGCUCAUCAAAAACGAAAAUUCCUUUCAAGAAUUGUCACCUGACUUGGUAGCCAUGCAUUAACAAGUUCGAGUUACAACUGGACUUAGCCAAUGAUCGAAACCGUGAUUUAGGUUUUCGGUCACCGGGGUUGGAAACAACUUGUUACCGCAAAGCGGUUAACUGAUUUCUGCCAUUACUACGGGGCAAAAAACUUUUGAUGGUUUAUUUCUUCUUCACUUGUUCGAAGUCUUCCUGGAACCUGUAAGAUGACUUACAAGUACGUCUGUGCGUCUGCUUAUUACAUCAAGCAUGUAAGAAAGAACUUCCGUGGUAACACGCGAAGGCCAGGAACAGCACAGCGGUCGAACGUCUGGGAUGUGCGAGGAGAUCAAUUUUGGCCGCCUACCCGCCAAUUUCCUGCAUGUCUCUCAAAACAAAAACGUUACUUCUCACAUGUCGAGUUCAAUUUGGAAGUAGAUUUGUACUUUUCUUUUAGGACGUGUUCUGUGGUUACGAUGAAGAUAAAGUGUAUACCUAUAUCUUCUACAGAGAUACUGUAAUAGGUGAGACAGUAGAGAGUUUAUUAAAACGUCUACACGAAUAAGACAAGGGCAAGAAUCAAAUUUUGCUAUCUGUCAUUUCUUUGCUUUUUUUUCAUAAAAAAUUAUAUUAAGACAGCCUUUUUCCAAUUAUUCGCUUGGUUUGAUGGCAUUUGCAAUCUUUUCCAUUUCUGAGGAGGGAUUUAGUUGGUUUGGUUUUGCUGGUUUUAAUGCUUCUGUUAUUAUUUUUUUUAGGGCCCCAGUGUAUAAUGGCGGGAACCACCAAGCUGCCUUACGCUCAAAAACCCCUCAUGUUAUACGGUGGUGAAAUGACGUGUCAGACACAGAGCGGCAAGGUAUAGCAAUUCAAACGUAACUCAUGAAUAGCAGUCAACUAAAGCGGUUAUUUUUACUUCUAACAUGCUUGGCUCCGCGUUGAGGGCGAUGUGAAACCAAUCAUUUACCCUGCUUGGCCAUCGCGAGCGGGUAAGGUGGGCCAACCUUGCCUGUUUGGAGAGGCCGGUGUUCUUAAGUCAUAGAACAAAAUUCUUCAUGGUAAUCUUUACUCAAACAAGAUUAUUCUAUUUUGGCGUAUGUUGCUUUCAAAAUUGGGAAUUCAAGCAGUAGGGAUGUGUGACAUGUGACACAUUAUCUAAGCAGUGGCCUAGCUCACUAUAGAGUUUCUGUGGCUCAGUGGUAGAGUAUCGCGGCGCGAAAUCCGAAGCUCUGAGGUUCGUUUCCUCAUGGGGAUUCAUUUUUUCUUCGUCCCCCACAGUUUUCUCCUUUUCUGGCGGUAACUGGUAAAGUUUACCGCCUUUUGUACCUCUUAUUACUGCCUAUAAUCGUUUGGAAUUCAACUGGUAAAACGAUUGCUCGACUAGAUUGAACCUUUACCUUUUGCUUAAGGUGAGGGAGAACAAUGCAGCACGCUGGUGAAAUGAUAUCUUUUUAUACUUCACCACUGAGCUUACUAUUUAAACUCCUAUCUUUAUUAUUCUAAAUUAUCUUUUAUCGCCUAAGCUCUUUGGGUCAAGAUGGGUGGAUAUUGCUUUGUUCUUGGCGUCAUUGAUUUGGAUGAACCUCGACUUCUGAUCGCUCCAUGAAAAAGAGAUCUUUGCCUCUAUCCAACCAUGCUGAGCUAACAAGUUCUGUUAAUAGUAAGAAUAUUCAAACCAAAUUUCUUCAUUGUGGAUUUCUUUCAUCCAUUGCUAUGUGAGUCAACUUUGUGUGAAUUAAGUCGUUCCUCGACCCCUAUUCGAUCAUCUUCGUGGCCAUUUUCUGGUGAGAAUCAAGUGCUGCUUCGUUUUCGAAUUAGGCAGCAUAACUGUAGCAUUAUUCGUGGUGUUGAUAUUGAUUUCAUUGUUUCACAGACCUCCAAACUCAGUCUUACCACGCAUUUAUUUCACGAGAAGCCUCAGGAUCUUCCACAAUCUGAUGUAAGUUUAUUUUUAAACGCCGUGAAUGGCCUUUACUUUGGUAUCAUGAAUACUCCAGUCAGAAUGCGGAAAGAUAUUGAGUGUAAUUUUGAAGUUUACGGUAAACAGCAAAAUAUGGUUGUGAUUUCGCCAACAUUUCCUAGUGUCUCCUUUAAUUUUUAAGCGAGGGAAAUAGAAAAAAACAACCUAUUCAAAUAAAUUAAAGUAUUUUAAAAUAAGUUCACAAAGAGAUGAUUGCAGAUGACGAGGAAGUAAACAUUUGCCAGUUGCUGUAAACUUCAUGCGGAAUUCCUCGGACACUGAGGAUCGAAAUGUACUAACAACAGCGAAUAAAAACGUACUGAGAACAGUCUACACAGCAGCCUAAAAAAAAAAAACGCAAGAGGCGGAACGCCAUUACACUGGACAAAGAUUCAAAAGGCUUGUGCGAUGAAAGCCGUCGUUUUUGUUUUAUCUCGUAAAUGACACCCUUCAAUCCAGUUCUCUCACUAUCCCCAGUACCCCCAGUUUCUCUAAGCAACUCCAAUACCUUCACAAUUGUAAAUCUCUUUUUUCAUGGCUUAAUUAGAGUUUUUUUGUAUCCCCUCUUCAUUCUAAUUGAUCGUCUUCUUGUUUGCACUUACAGUUAAAAACCUCAUUCAAUCACUGUCUGACGUUGAAACGGUAAGUUGAUUUCCAAGGCGUUUCUUGCAUCCUGUAAUUGUUUUUGAUAUGAUGUGAGACUAAAAUAUUUUCAAUUUGGUGUCGAAAGUAAUCCAGCUUUGCAUAGCUUUUGUUGUGAAUUCAUCUGUGAUUGGUGCACCAACGCCAGAUUGAAACCAAUCACCAAUUGCCGUGCCACAUCAUUCGAUUUCCCAUUGGCUCAUUGCAGUAUUUUCCUUUUUUCUCAUUGGGUGUUGUGAUUACUUUUAUACUUUGGUGUAGUUUCAAAGAUGCAUGGACGCUGGCUCGCAUCCUGGAUUCCAAAGAUUCUUGGAUCGAACUGGGAAAAAAGGCGAUCUAUCAUUUGGACAUUGAGCUUGGUGAGUUGAACUAAGCUUAUUUUCGCAUAUGUUAUGGGUAAAAUAGAGAAAUUUUCAGUUGAGUAUCGAUAGUAAUCCGGGAGUGCUUUGUUCUGGCGUUCCUUCGCACAAAACUAGAACCAAACGCGACUUGAUCGCCCGCGUUUUCCCGCGCUCUACCCAGUUCGUUUGAUUUUUUUAAAAUUCUCAUUGGCUCUUAAAGUUAUUUUUCUCUCUUCAGCUUUACCACUGUCAUUACUUUAGUUUUGGUUGCUACAAUCAAUCAAUCAAUCGUUUAUUUAUCCACAUAGCGUGUAGUGAGCUGGAAAGCUCGUUCAAAAUACAUACGUGGUACGAAAAUCGCUCUUAUCGCAGUUUGUUGUACACCUUUCAUUUCAAAGAAGCUGAUGGGAUUUUCUCCUUACAGUUUUGAUAAUUUGAAUCGUUAACCUUGCACGAUAAAAGAAAGAUAUUAUCUACUGAUCAGACGAGUGUUUGAUACAUUGGUUAUUUAACCCUUUACAUCCUAACCUUUGUAUGCAUAUUCUCCAUACUGUUCUGUUGUCUGUUUACUUUUCCUACUGAGCUGGCAAGGAGAAUUGUUUAACAAUCAAGAUUUUACAUAGUUGGUGAUCAUUUCCUUUACUCUCGUUACCUCAAUGUUUGAUUCAGGGGCUAUAUUGUAAGGAGAAAUUAGAUGCUAGUCUCUCUUAGGGUUUAAAGGGUUAUUACUUUGGUGGAUGACCGACGUUUUCCAUCCUUAGGGACCUUUAGCAGUUAGGACGGCAACGUCAAGGAAGAAAAUAAAUAAUAUUUUCAGUCGGAAUUUUGCGAAUGACUGGAUGUGUUUACCGUCUCUUAAGGCACCACAAAUUAACCUCAACACAACGUAUGAGAGCGGUGUUGAGUUCCAAAUGGAAACUUAAAUAAUCUGCUUUCGGGGUUUCCUUUCGCGGACCACGUGAAUUUUGAUGAUUUCAUGUAGUUAUUUUGCAGAGGGCGGCUAAGAAAUGUACACAGUUUCAAAACGCACGUGCUGAGCUAUUGUUCUGUUCAUUAGAUCUGUUGUUUUGCCACGUCCUCGUUGCUGUCGCCGUCGUGGUUUGCUAAAGUUCCCUAUUUAUAUUGCUAACUUGUGGAUAACGAAGACUGGUUUGUUACCACUUGUCAAAGAAAGUGCUUUCAAGCUUUAAGAUUCCGUAGGCUCAUAUCACACCUCUUUUUUAAAUUCAUUUUUUCUCUAAAGGUCGAUAGCUUUUAUUUGAGUGAUUUAUUUUCUCUAGUGAGCCCAACAUUGCAGUUCUCCCAACAAAUAGAAAAUCCUGUCGCUAGAAAAACCAAUAGGAAGAGAAUAUGUACACAUUUGGUUCUGAAUUGGAAUCACGUACUUCAUUCUGUCCGCUUAUAAGGUGUUUUGAUGUUUUGAAACUUUUUUCGAUAUUUCACCUUUGCUAGCCAGGGGCGAACAACGAUUUUUUGCACAUGUAGUUAAGAUUUGUCUUACAUGUAACAUUUUUUGUCGGCAGCUAUCAGAGUGUACCGAAAGAUGGGAGAUGUUGCCAUGGUCCAGUCUCUAGAGAGUAUCGAGGUAAAAUGAACAGAACUCUAAAUUUCGUAAAUGAAGUCACUUGACUGUUUUUGGCUGUUAGAACAUUAGGGAUGGCUGAACUGACAAAGAGAGUAGCUUUGCAUUUAGUUGAUUAUGAUAUAGAAAAGGGUAAGAGAGGUAGUUAAACCGCCGUAACGAAUCUCGAGAAGCUGGCUUUUAAGUAACCUUUACACCGGAGCACUUUUCCUCAGCGGGAUAAAUGAAACCCGGGUUAUAAAGCGUUUGUCUUCAUUUUUGUGUCAAAUGGACCAAAACAACAAACGAUCAGAUGUGUUUGUCCACAUUUAUUGUAUGCCGUGUAUCCUGUAUGCGAAUCGAAUGUAUUAUUGAUCCUUUUCUGUUCCUUCAUCAGGGAACUGAAGACAAACAUCUCCUGGCCGGAUAUGUUGCCAUGUUUCUCGAAGAAUACAGUACAGCACAGGUGAGUGGAAAAGUAGAUGACAACAAUUUCACAUGGUUCCUUCGCGAUAAUGUUUUUGUUUUUGUUUUUGUUUUUGUUUUUAAUAACUCUUAAUUUCUGUCGGGCAUGUUUCUUAAAAAAAGUACAGGGUCUCGAAACUAUAAUUCGAGGAAAAGGUUUUGAUUAAACUGUUAAGUUUGCUCCAUGACCUCUUACGUUAUGUUAUCCUUUUCGUCCCAAGAAAGAUUUCUCGCGCACAAUUGUAGGCUUAACUAUGCAGCCGGACCUUAAUUAGGAAUGUCGAAAUAGGACAACAACGCAACAAACGGCAAGAUAAAAACCUUCCACAUGACAAAAAACUUGGACAAACUAGCUCCCAAAAUUAUUAUCGUCUGCCCACUGACUGUGUAUAAUCAUUUUAUUAUCGUAGGAUUUGUUUCUUGGCUCAACAUAUCCGUUGGCUGCGCUUGAGGUUUGUAUCGUUAUAACUUGAGAAUCCCUUUAUUAACAUGAAGUGUUUUUCUUAUUGGAUGUGAAUGUUUUUACUGGAUCUGGUUCGACAAUAAAUCAGUCAAAAGGCGUAGUGUCCGAAGAUUGUAAAUGGUAACCUGCCAAAUCAGUCUUCAUAACUGAGUUUGGCAUCAUCAUAUUUAGUAUCAGUGACAACCAAGGCUUUAAGGGAGUAUGAUACGCUUGAAUAGAUUUCUACCUUUUAGGCUUGCAUAUGCCACUCAUCGCAAAGGAACACAUAAUCAUAAUCUUCAUUUCACGAAGGUGACACGCGUGAAUUUGAAUUUGACGAUGUCUCGGAGGUGGUGGAUAUUUUGCCGCAAGGCCGGGAAAUUCCUCGAAAGCUGAUGCUAUUAGUGUAUUUGUUGGAGCGAAAGUUAAAUUAUUGUUUUCGUGCUUCAGAUGAGGCGUGACUUACUUCACUGGGACCAAGCCCUUGAGUUGGCCAAGAGUCUGGCACCCAAUCAGAUUCCUUACAUUUCAAGAGAAUACGCCCAGCAGCUGGAGUUCACGUGAGAUAUAUUAUGAUCUUUGGGAAACUUUUUCGCCAGUGCUCUCGCAGAGGAUCCCAAACUUUCCCUUGAAUACAGUGCCCCAACAAAGAGGUUCCAUUAAACGUGACUCUCUGGAAUGCAAUAGCAGCUGUCAUUUCUACAAUGAAACCUGUCUCAGGGCGCCUUUGUUCGAGGCACAUAAACUUUUGUCCCUGAUGAAGCUUUGUCGUUGUCACCUUUAGUAAAGGAACACACACUGUUCAGGUAGCAAUGUUUCUUGCACCAAGGAUACCCCCCCCCCACCCGUGUAAAUUUAGUACUUCAUGAUCAACUUAAUUUUUUUAGCAUGGUUUCAAUCAGUAUUCUUACCGUUUCUGUGUAAUUUUUGUUUCCUACAGCGGAGACUACAGUAAUGCUCUGCUUCACUAUGAAAAAGGAGUAACCAAGUUGCCAGAGGUAAGUUUUAUGACUUUGUUUAUUACCUCGUUGGGAUGGACUGGCAUCCCAUGGGGGGAGGGGGGGAAGGGGGAAAGUGAUACUCCUAGUGGCUUCAUACUUCGAUAAAAGGGAUAAGCUCCGACUAGCUCGAGAACCGACUUUAACCUUUUUCUUUAAGUGCUGAUAUGAUCAAAAAAUCACUUUAACUUCUCUCUUAAAAUUUCGAAAACAUUUGCAAUAAGUACUUACCAUGCCAAUUUUUUUGUCUUAACUUCUACUUAUUUUCACUGCGAAUUCUCGUUUCGACUGUCUGACAUCACUGGCAUGGUUUGGAUCUCGUCCCGUAAUAAAAAAUUAAAUAAUACAUUCGGGAUAUAGCGUUAGUUACUAUUAUGUAGUCAAAAUCUCAACAUGACCUCGAAAAAGAAAGGAAAAAAAGAAAUGCCUCUACUUUUUCGCUCUAGCUACUUUGUAUGAUGAUAAUGAUUGCCAAAUUGAUAUCUCUUUCCUCAUAUUAUCUUCAGAAAUCUUUUUAUUUGUUGUUCCCAUAGAAACGUGACCACGAUGAACUGUGUAUCGGUGGAAUGGCAAGAAUGGCAAUCAGAGUAGGAGACAUAAGAAGGUUUGUGAAAAUUUCAAAACAAUAAAGCUGGGUCCGCCAGCGAGCAACAUGAAGCGAAUUAGACGUUCACUCAAUUAAAUUUUGUUUGAUUUUCAGUUACGAAACUCUUCAUAUGCCAGAAACUUACAAGAAUAAAGAAAGUUUUUUUGAACACUUUUUUCUACACGAGCUUAGGACAUAGAAGGCUCAUGAAGGCCUCAGAUUUUCCCUCUUUCCUCGAACGUGUCAAAGUGCUAGCAUUCUCUAAGUUAGAAUUGAUUUUGAGAGUUGAUAUUGAUAUUGAUGUCGAUGGAAUUAUAGUUUUAAGCUGAGUUUAAGUUGCUGAGCUAGAAAAAGAAGUUAUGAGUCGUUAUUUGAUUAUUUUUUAAAAAAGAUAUCUGUAUUUUUAGAGGUGUGAAUUAUGCUGCUAAGAGUCCCAGCAGACCGCUAAAGAAAGAGUGUGCUACUAUCUUGGAGUCAAUGAAGGUAGGUGCACGUUGAAAAGCAAGCUUUUCUAGCUUGACAAGUCAUAUGUCAGACAAGAGGGCAAUAACUCCCUUCCCGUUAAUAAGCUAAAUUGAUCUUGUUUAUGGAAGAGACGCCGCGGCGUGAUUGUAAGGUAACCGGGCUCCUGAUCGAGAGGUCUGAGUACGUCUGAGUCCUGUGUGGUUUUAUUGGGCGACAUUUUACUCUCCUUUUGCUUCAUUCCGCCCAGGCUCUGGUUUUUCGAGGGCUGGAUAACGCUAUCCACUGGAUAAAUCUCUAUCCGGUGGAUAGUGCAGUACGUUUUAUUGACACAUCCGCUGGAUAGCGAUUUUCCAACGGAUAACGUCAUCCGCCCCUAAAACAACUGGGCCCAGGAAUAUAAAUGGGUACGAACAAAGUGCGAAAGUAACUUGAAGAAUUGCUGGGAGUUUACUCCUAAAACUUAACCAGUAAGUUUUUGUUAUUCUUUGAAUAAUUAUGAAAUUUUAUUGAUGGGUUUCAUUCUCAGCAAUAUUCCGAGUCAGCUCUUUUGUUUGAGAAAGGACAAUACUGGGAAAAGGCAGCUGCUGUGUACAUCAAGACUAAGAAUUGGUGAGUACACAGAGUAAUACUGAGUGCAAACAGAAGAUAGUUAUUCCAAACUGGCUAGACGAGCUUCGUUUGUCAAUUUUACAAUCAAUACAGAAAGAAAACUGCCAGUUUACAAUGUGUUAUUUUUAUAAGAUUAGGAUUUUAUGUCUAAUUCGUUGUAAGCAGUUGCAUAAUUCUCAAGUUCCAGCAUUCAGUACAGCAUGGUUCUUGUUCACUGAAGAAGAGGAAAGUGCCGCUACUUCCCCUCCCCUCCUUCGCUUUAUGUCCUCAUUGAAACUCUGAGGAAGUUAUCAAUUGUAAGUGAUUGUGGAGGUAGGGGUGGGGAUGGGGAUGGGGAAGUGGGGGAAUACCAGGCUAGGAAGGUAAAGCGUUGGAUAGAGGCACUUCCUUUAUAAUGUUUCGGUGUGACAGCAUAUUGUAAGGUAGGUUUUUGAAUAUAAGCUUACACAGAGAUUAUUCCAUGGGAAGUGCGUGCAAACGAAUUGAUUCAUGAGUUGCGAUAUAUCAAUAAAACGGACAAGUGAGCGCCGCUAACGAAAGUUUUAUAUGCAGUGCAACGAGCCUGAAUUUUUUUUUUCAGGCCUUAUUUUCACAACUACUCGAGUCGUGUUUAUCACUGCGCUAUCAUAUUCACGUCAUUAUCCGCAUUUCGCAUAUAUGAUUUUCAUAUUUUCACAGUCAUUUAUUCAUCGCUUCAAGGGUUUUAUUUAUUUCACAGUGUAAAUCUCAGUAUGUACGAAAUAAAUAACGUUCUUUCCUAGGGCAAAGGUCGGUGAAUUGCUAGCUCACGUUACCUCUCCUAAGCUUCAUGCGCAGUAUGCUAAGGCCAAGGAGGCCGAUGGGAAAUACAAGGAGGCUGCAAUAGCUUACGAGGCGGCUAAAGAUUAUGACAGCGUCAUCAGGUAGGGACAUUUUAGGACUUGAAACACCACAAUGUGAUACACACACGCGCCUUAAAAAUAAAAGUGAAAAAAUUAAUUCUAAGUGAUAAUUCCUAAGGCCUUUUUGUUUGGUAUUAUAUUUAAUUUUGGCGACUUAAUCCUUUCAUCUUUGAUUGUUUUAGGAUCAAUCUUGAUCACCUGCAAAACCCCGAGGAAGCUGUAAGGAUUGUGAAGGAGACCCAGUCUGUCGAAGGAGCUAAAAUGGUGGCCAAGUAUGAUACCACUCAGUCUUAGUACUAGGUAAUUUAGUGUUAACAACUGGGUUGAAAACAUAAAUUAGCCACCGUAAAGAGUAAAAAGCUUUUUACUCUUUACGGUGGCUAAUUUACGUUUUCAACCCAGUUGUUAACACUUAAUUACCUGCUAUACUCUCCCACCGACGCAGCACCACAGUUUCUUUAGAAACUUACCCCUUUAGUCUUAGUACUAGUCUGUUCAUAGCCGUUUUCAUAAAACGUCGAAGAAGUGCAAAACGGCCGGUAAUCGCUGGAGCUUGGAAAAGGAUUAAAUAAAAUUUUCUUUUUACCUACCCCACUCCUAGCGAUCGGGUUCGUUAAGACUCCCGCGAUUUCUAUCUCGCUCACGCCAUGGACGAUGAGCUUGGAGAAAUAGAAGGUCUGUGAAAAGCGUCACGAGUUAAUCAGUGGCAUCCUUUACAAGCCCACAGUUUUAUUAGGCAGCAACAACGGCUCACUCAAAAUACCUUACUAGGAAAAAAAUCAGUAGAUUUAGCAAAAAACGUUGAGAUUUGAAAUGAGGAAUCGACAGCGCGAAAGUAGGCGUGUUUUUCGUUAUUGGUUUUCAAUCUGACUUCUUGGUCAUCCAGUCGUCAGGUAAUUUUCUCACGUUUUUAAGUCUUGGUGACAAUUUUUGUCGACGCUUUUGUUUAAGCGCCAUGCAUUUUUCCCGCCAAAUCUUUGUGAGAUAUAUUUAUCUACGCAUCCUAUUCGAUACUAGGUUCUUUCAGAAACUUGGUGACUUUGGAUCUGCGAUUCAGUUCCUUGUUCUGUCCAAAUGUAACGAUGAAGCAUUUCAGCUCGCCCAGGUAUGCCAAUAAAUAAAGCAUAAAACUGCUAUGGAAAAGUGAUGGACUGAUCGAGUCUAAUAUUCACGUGUUUCUUUCUCAUCUGAUUUUUAGACGCAUAAUCAAAUGGAACAGUAUGCUGAAAUAGUUGGUAAGUUUAGUGACAGAAGAUAUUUUAUUAUCCAACUGCACGAAGUAGAGUACAAAUAACGCGCAUACAGUUAGUCAUAUUAUACUGUAAAAAGACCUGUUUUACUGGUCGGCUGCGCGCGCUACACUUCUCUAUCAGCAUUGCUUUUUCAGCCGUUCGAGAAAUGAGCAGAAAAUCAUGCAGUUGGAUAAUAAAUAACUAAUUAGACGUUUUGUUGUGUAGUGUUGCUUGGUACAUUUACUCGUUCUCUUAUUUUGACUCAUCCUACGGGGUCGUCAAAAUACGGCACAACUGGUAAAAAUACUCAGCGAUACUACACACCAAAACGUGUACUAAGACAUAUGCCUCAGAAAGGGCAUCCCUCUGUUCCAUGUACAGCUAUCUUGCUUACUUUAUUUUUUAAAGUGUACUUUGCACAACUACCAAUUCUUCUAACCUUCUUUUUCGCAAUUUACACCUAAAUUUCACAAUUUGAAUCAGGCGUUGGUGGUAUGUUCGUAACUAAGUCGAACCCAAUCGAUCUGUGUAAAUUACACCUUGUCCCCUCCUUGUUUGGAACUGACGUAGUUGAACCAAUCUCCUUACUGUGCGCAAUUUUUGUCCUUGUUAUCGCCUGUAAGUCUUACUUCUUAAUGCGGCACUUUCACAUCUGAAAAUCCUUCUGUCACCGUACUGCAAUAAAUGUCAAUCUUUGUUUCUUUUUUUUGUGUGACAGGCGAUGAUGCAGUUGCGGAUGACUAUGCCAGCAUCGCCAUGUACUUCGAGAAUCAAAAACAAUAUUUCCUGGCUGGAAAGUUUUUCCUGAAGUCAGCACAAUAUGCUAAGGUAGGAAAAUUGUUGAGGGUUUUGUUGCGUUAGCCUCUAUUUACCUCCUUUAGCAUGAAAGAGGAGAAAUCUACUGUCCAUUUCCUUUACUUAUGACCUGUCAUUCUCUCCUCUAAGGCUUUGAAGCACUUCUUGAAAUGUCCCGUUGGAGAAGAUGGCGAAUCCAUUGAGCUGGCAAUUGAAACUGUAAGAACUGGUUCUCUUUUCAAGUUUUCUGUUCUUCGUUGUAUUUUAAGACCGUGUUGUUUUGUCUUGGACCAAACUACAGCAACGUCAAGUGCAGUCGCCUACAGAAGCCAUAACAGCUUUGAUGUUUUAUCAAAAUACCAUUUACUUAUCAGAUUAUUUUGAUUGACCAGUUGUUUUGGUUUGUUCAUGUUUUUUAACUGGCCAUAUCUGUUGGUUGUUUAGGUUGGUCGGGCAGGUGAUGAGGUGUUGACACAUCAGUUGAUUGACUUCCUUAUGGGAGAGGCUGACGGUAUACCAAAGGUAAACUAUUGUCGAACCUGUAUUAAGAGGUGACCUACGGAGUGACCACUUAAUACAGGUUGACCAGCAAAUUACUUGCGUGAUUUUCGUGCGAAAUAUUUGUCCUAACAGUCCUAAGGAGAAAGACAAUCUACAAUGUGUCGAGGACACUUGAACUAAGGGUACUGACUUUGAUUGCGGGAGAUAAUCAUGGAAUAAAUUUUAUUCGAGAUAGUAAUCUUGGUUUUAUUUUAGUGGUUUCACUUUGAGUGAACGUUUAAUACAAGUGGAAGGCAAUUUAAGCAGGCCGUUGGGACUUGGUUUAGGGUGACCACGAUCGCUUAAUAGAGAUGAUCGCUUAAUACAGGGUGACCGCCUAAAACGGUGGCGCUUAAUACAGGUUCGACUAUAAUACUGACUGUGCCUCAAACAAUAACUUCGUAUAUAAAACUUGAGGUGUCACAUAUUCCUACAAAAAGAAUUUUGAAGUUUUAAACUCUUACAGUUACAUUGUCCUGUGCUUCGUGGUCUAUUCAAAUUUAUUUUCCUUUGUUGAUCCUAAAGGUCAACUAGUUUGAGGAGAAUUAGUUGUAGCUUAAGAGUACAAUGACCUUCGUGUAAAUGCUACAACUGGGUAAGUCUACUUAAAACCCAGCUGCUCUUGAAAUCACUGCAUCCAACGUGAAAGUCAUUGACGAACAAGCUAUAGUAACAGAAUGUGCUGUCGGAAACAGAUAGAAAAAAAAACAAUACUUUAGAGCAGUUUUCAAUCGUGUGUCGAAAGUAAUCCAUGAUUGCUUUAGUUUUUCUUACCUUUGCUCAGUUAUUGAUUCAGAAAACUCGCGCUAGACAAUUAAUCGUGAUUUAAUUUGUCACACGCGUUUUCCCGGGUUUUUCAUGCAGUUUGUUUACUUUUACUUUGAGUUCUCAUUGGCUAACGAUGAUGUCCAUCUUCGCUCCCAUUGGCUGUUGUGAUUACUUUGAUUUUGAUUUUACGAAAAAAUAGCUCUUGUUGACUACAUUCUGUUAGGAAGAGAAUAUAUUCUCUUUUUCGUAAUAAAUAUAUAAAGACAAGCAUUAUUCCUUUUGAAUUUUUCCUUACUCUAGGAAGCAAAGUACUUAUUCCGGCUUUACAUGGCCUUAAAGCAAUACCGUGAGGCAGCGCGCACGGCCAUCAUCAUUGCGAGGGAAGAUCAGAAUGCUGGUAACUACAGGAAUGCUCAUGACGUCUUGUUCAGCAUGUACAGAGGUUUGUUCUGUCAAUUAUUUUUCCUUGACAGUAUCGAGAAUUCAUAUCAUUUGCGAGAGGAUCACUUAAUAUUGGCUUCAAUGAUCUAAAUUCUGUAUACAUGUUUUGUACAUCAUGUCUUACCCAGAAAAAAACUUCCACUUUUUGAUACCGAGAGACCUUAAGCAAAAAUUGAUGGCGACGGCAACGAGAACGUGGCUGAACAAAAGAUUUAAUGAGCAGAACAAUAGCUCAGCACGUACGUCUCAAAACUGUGUUAAUUUCUUUGCCGUCGCCAUCAAAAACAACAACGUCAAAUUACCAAAUUUUUCGUGGUCUUGAGACGGACACCCCGAUGGCAAAUUGUUUAAGUUUCCAUUUGGGACUCAACGUUAGUCCCUCUCGUUUUGCUGAAGUUGAGGUGUGUCGCUAAUCUAUUUCUUCCUUGGUGCUGCCUUUCUGACUGCUUAACGUCCCUACUACCUACUUUGGAAUAUCCCUUACGUCUAAAUUUUAGAUGAAUGAAAUAUAGACAUCGUCUUGUUGUCGGCUUAAAUACCAUAUACAAAAGAAACAACCUCUCGUUCCUUUUGUUGUUAAUCUGAUAAUACACCCCAGACGUAUGAAGUUUACUGUUUUGCUUGAACGAUCUUCAAAUUUACUCUUACAAUUUUCCGGCAGAGCUUACUGAUCACAAGAUAAAAAUUCCCACGGAGAUGAUGCAGAAUCUGAUGAUCCUUCAUAGUUACAUUCUGGUCAAGGUAUGUAGGACUUGCUGAUAGCAGUAACUGUUUUCCUGUGGCCUGUUUGUCAUCCCCUUCCCUCAAGUCUUACUUCAUAACAAACGAAAUGAUCCGCUUCCUCGUGGUCUUCAAGCACAAGUAAAGCUAUCUCAAAGCCAUGUAUUUUUUCCGUUUUGCUUGCUUUCUCAACUUGGCAUUUAGUUUUCUUUCACUCCUCAGUCUACGCUGAGAUGUGAUACCUGGUUUUCCAUAAUUGUGUUUAUUCUGCCUGCGUGUGAGAGUAAGAAUCGUUUUGUUUAUUCUCUUUCAGCUACAUGUGAAACGAGGAGAUCACAUGAAGGGUGCCCGUAUGUUGAUUAGGGUGGCUAAUAACAUCAGCAAGUUCCCUGCACGUAAGUGUUGAACAUACGUGUUCUACAUGAACUGUUUAUUUUAGUUGUACGCAAAGUUUGAUUGAGCGCCUCUUAAAACUCUGGUUCUUGCAGCAUAGUGCAUUUCCCAACAUUUUUACACACCUUUUUAGGGGAGCAGAGUGUAUUCACUCGACUUACCUUCAGACAUUUUUGUGUGCCAAAACAGUCAUGUGUAACUUGCUUCCUUUUCAUGAAAAUACAUUUUCUUUUAAAAUAGAUAAGUGUAAAGCGAAGAAAUAAUGCUUGCUGGGAUGUUUCGAAAUUUAUACAAUUAAUAGAAGACGCCUGAAAAAGUAUUCCUGAUUUGAACAGGAUUUGAAUUUGUGACCUUCGCAAUGGUGGUGCGAUUGCUUAACGAAACUAAGCAGCAACUGAAGGCACUGACAUUGUGAGCAUGCAGAUCUGUUGUAGGCUAAUGUGUUCCUGUUACGAGUUGGAAAUAAGAUGUGGUGGUGAAAGAAUACACAUGAACUGCAUAAAUGAAAUGAAGUGAAAUUUAAAAUGACGAGAGUGAUCCUUGCAAGUUUAUAUCGUGUCAAAGUCUUCUCGAAUUCCAUAAAUCAUUGCCUAACAUCACUACGACGUUCAUUUCAUAAUUUCAGUUUAUUUUCCGCAAUCCAUACGAGUCCAGGGAUAAACAUAUUGUCACUACAAAUACAUCACUUUAGUGUCGCACCUGUGUCUUAGCUUAACCCUUUAACUCCCAAAAGUUAUUUUGAAACAUGUAACCUUAUCCAGCAACGGGCAGUGAGAAUACUCAAACUUAUCACGAAGAAGUUGUUUUCUUGAUCUAACAUUAAAUUUUCGCGUUAGAUGUACAAGGAAAUGUAUAGCAGUUAGAGGAGAGAAUUAACUAUUUGAUCUGGGAGUUAAAGGGAUAAAUAAAAUCGCCCCUAAGGGUAAUGAUGGUUCUACCUUCAUUCUUUGGUUCUUUGGUUCAUUUUUUGACUAAUUUUUCUCGAUUUAUUAUGAUUUAUGUUUUUUUUCAUUACUUUCUCUUCCUCAGACGUUGUUCCCAUACUGACGUCCACCGUUAUCGAGUGCCAUAGGUCGGGACUGAAAAAUUCUUCCUUCAGCUAUGCGGCCAUGUUGAUGAGACCUGAAUAUCGUCAAAAGAUUGACCUCAAGUACAAAAAAAAGAUUGAACAAAUUGUCAGGUAAAACUUUUCAGAGCCGGCUGUUUAAACAUAGUUUGAUCAAUGACUAGCAAAACAGCCAUCUAAACUACUUAAAAUUUAGCCAAACUUUUCGUCUGAAAACCUUGGUAUUUGUGAACAGUGUCCUGAAGGCUUCCAAGAAACAUUUUCCACAAAAACAUCGGGAUCCAUUUGUUGUUUAAAACCGCGGAAAAGGCACAGCUUCGUUCGUUUAAUCGGUACCAAGGUUUUUAUUAAGAACCAUUCAGAAAUCUGACGAAGUCUUUCCUUUGAUUAUCAAUUUGUCCAGCAAAUUUGUCCAACAGAUUGUUUCCAGUUCUUCAGUUUUAUUUCAAUGUCCCACGAUUAACUCUGCUUUCAGGAAACCAGACAAGACGGAAGAGGACGAACCUCAAGAUCCUUGUCCUUACUGCGGCAACGAAGUACCUCAGACUAAACUGGACUGUCCAGAAUGUAAAAACACCAUACCUUACUGUAUUAUCACGGUGAGUAACAACUGAAUAGCGGAAGCCCGUGAGCCAAACAACCGCCAGAGACUGGGAUCCAAUAUUUCGUGGUUUGCCUCGUUCACUUGCAAAAAUGUCUCGCUUGUGUACUAACAUGUUUCUUGAGCUAUAUUGUGGUACUACGGCAAUUCUAGAAAUUUAGUGACAGAGAAUUAAUUAGCAAUGAUGCAAAGCCUAUUGCAGGCAAAUUCGCGGAACUUUUGAUUGACUCUCACAAAAAUUCUGGGAAUAUGUCGUGACUUUCCGUCAGUCUUUCUAUCUCGCUUAAUAGCUUCCUCUCGUUUCUUACCUGUGACCGCGUUUUUCAAUACUGUUUUAUUUCACAGGGUCGUCAUAUGGUUAAAGACAACUGGACAAUGUGUCCUAACUGUUCGUUCCCUGCUCUUCACUCGGAACUUAUGAGGUUGGUGUUUGUAUCAUAUAAAGAUAUAACCUGGCUUUAAACCGGCGCUCUAAUUGUUUUUUCUUCGUUAUUCGUCAUCAAAGGAGGUUAACCAUUGAAGAGCGACGUAAUAUCGUCUGUUAAUGCCAUGUUUCAAAUAUGAGUAGAAUUUUCAAACAAUUCGGAAGGCCUCAACUCAAGUCAGAAAAUUAUGAUUGUUAAUUUCUUGAAUGAACGCACACUUUCGGGAGUUGAGUUUUCAUUGGCUUAAUUGUUGAUUUUGAGGUUCUAAAUGUUUGUAUUUAUCGAGGAGCGUGAAAAGGCUCUACUUUGUUUUUUCUUUCUCUUUGGGGCUCGCAUACUUGAAUAGGAACGUGGCGUUAGUCACUCGUGUGACUAUGACGGUAUGACCAAAUUUUCUUAGAUUUAGGAUCCGCAGCGCGCGCAAACUCCACUAUUUCUAAGCUUCCUAUGGUGUGCGACUGUGCAAAGUGUCAGUUUAUUUCUUGGUAGGUUUUCACCGCAGUAAAGGAAAAGUAUUACUUUUUUACAUUUAUUGCAGUCUACUGGAGGCUAGUGAAACAGUGUGCCCAAUGUGCUCCCAAAGCAUAGCAGCCACGGAAGUGAAACCAAUCAAGGAUCCAUCACCGUAUUUGAAGACUGCAGAUCAAGACUGAGAAUCGAGCCAGAACACGAGUUCUGUGAAAUGCUACCUUGGAGUUGUAUUUGAAUGUAAAUAAUCAUCGCUUCUUGGAUCUCUGCGUUUUUAUUUAUUUAUUUUUUUGAUCGCAUGAGAUGGUUAGAAUUUAAGUAAUAAAUAGCAUGCGAAUGGUACUUUGUUGUCAAUAAAAACACGUUAGAUGUACUCAACAAAUUUGUUGUGAGAUAAUUUUUUCCUCUUCCACAAUGUUGAGUCCGGAAGCUAAACCACCCCUAACUUGCGGACUAGAAAUUUUUUUGGGAGAGAGAAUGGUUUAAACUUUUCCUUUAGAGGCUCAUUGCAUAAUCUAAACGCGCCAUAUUGUCUCCCAGGAAAAUACGAAGUGGCCAGAAAUACAUUUGUAGGUAGCAGGAAGGACAAGACCACAAUCUUACAUCUGCAUAAUUUUCUGUCACGCUAUUUUUCUGAACCGUUAUUAAGUUUAAAUACGCAAUUCUUGUUACAGUUGACAAAGUUAAGAGCAUUAGUAAGAUAUUUAUAUAAACUCAGCUGCUUUUGUGAUAGUUAGACAUUUCAUGAGGGGUUAACCGAAACGGUUGCAUAGAGACAGAUAUUAAUAUUUCUCUGGCUGCUGCUCACUAUUUCAGUUCUUUAAUAUUGUACAUAUAAAAUAAUUAUUUUGCAUUGAAGUUAAUGUACAUGUGUAAUCUUACAAGAGGACUCAAAAUUAUGUCGGAAAAUCUAACCAGUCAGUUUGGUAAGUUGGACGUCCUCUUGCACUCAAAAAUAUCAAGUUAAUUGAAUCUUCACCCAUCCAGUUCCACAUGCAUUUUUCAUCACAGCACAUCAAACUUACAAUUUAAUCUUUUAACACCAGUGGAGUCGAGUACAAAGUGACAACAACCACACAGACUGCCAAAAUAAGAAGGAAAAAACGAAAAGAAAAAAAUUGAAGGAAAUGUCGUGUCAGCCAUUGAAAUCAUAAAUCAACUGGAUGUGCUAAUUUGGGAUAUCCAAUUGUUUAACAGACUUGUGUUUGACUGUGGAACUGUCAAGGUUCAGAUCUGUGGUACUUUCCACAUAACUACCUUGUGUAAAUUAAUCAGUAUUGUUUUCUAGGCAAAACAGAAAAUACCUGUGUCCAGAAGAAAAAAACAUUACACAACUGUUUUGCCUAGCCUACCCUGAGAAGGCAACAAUACUUAGCUGAUAAAAUCUAAACAUAUAUAAUUGUUUUAAGUCUCCUGUUUUGAGAAAUGUUGAUGAAAAACAUUCUCCUUUAUUUUCAUCGAGUCAAGGCUACUCCUCACGUGAAGGCUGAAUUAUGCAACUAAUCAAGCUGACUUGAGCCAAGUUGCAUAUUUCACUAGUACUAUUUCUGUACUAACAAAACUAGCUCCAAUGCAGGAAGAGGAUG